ACUUGGACUUCCUGGUGUGGUUUGUUUGCCUGCAUUGAUCAUGGCUGCGGAGGGCGAUUUUCUGGCGAGAUACCGAGCUGUGUCAAAUAAACUGAAAAAGCGUUUUCUUCGGAAGCCCAAUGUGGCGGAGGCAAGUGAGCAAUUUGGUCAGCUGGCAAAGGAGCUGAAGCAGCAGGACUGCCUUCAGUAUGCUGCCUUCUGUAACCUGGCCAUGGCUCGGUGUGAGCAGACUCUCUUUAAUGCUCCUGGAGAGGCACUGGCAUUAACUGAUGCUGCUCGCCUCUUCCUCUCAUCUGAGAAGGAGAACAGGGCACUGCAGGCUCCAGGCUUUGAUGAACACCUCCAGGCUGCACUCAACUGCUACAGCUUCGCCACUAAGGUGUAUAUUGAGAUGAACCAGCCUGUGAUGGCAGCCAGCCUGUGUUUGGAACUUGGCAACGCGCUCAAGGAGAUGAACAGACCAGGAGAGGCUAUUGUUCAUUAUCAGAGGGCUGCAGAGUUACAGACACAAACACCCAUCGAAGCUUUGCUGUCGAUGGGAGAAAUGGCCACGUGUAAAAUCCUCACCCGUGAUUAUGACGGUGCUUUGUCAGUGUUCACAGAGAUGCAGCUGAUCUGUCAGGAGAAAGGACUGCAGCUACCAGGCUCCAUCACCCCUGUUGGUGCCUUUUUGGACAUAGUGGCAAAAUGUGAGAUAUCCAGGGUGCUUCUGCUCAUGUUGCUUGAGCCUCCACCUCAGAAGUUGUUACCAGAACACGCCCAGACCCUGGAGAGAUACGCGUGGGAAUCCUUUGAUCCUCACAGCCAAUUGACCUUCCUGCCUGAGAAUGUUUUCCUGCUCCUGCAGUCCGUAGUGAUGGCGUGUCAGGAGAAAGACACAGAGUCUCUAAAGUCUCUUCAGACUGAGUUAUGGCCGUUUCUGACAGCUGAGCAGAACCAUCUUCUCCACCUGGUGGUUCAGGAGCGCAUCACGCCGUCUGGUCAAGGCAUUUAAUACAGUCCAGUUUUUAUUCGCUUCCUCUGGGAACGAUACUUUAUAUAAUGGAACAUUCCUGUUUCUGAAUGGGUCUGUUGUAAGGCCCGGAGAAGGGUUGUUUUCAAAACUCCAGUGUUGUAACUUGGACUCAGAGAAAUGUUAAACUUUGUGCUUAUUCAGUCACGUAGGUUUGGAAAUCAAACUGAACUAUCUUUAUGUUGUCCUCAGAUGUGCAGAUUGCUGUUGCUAGGAAUGCUUAGCUAAGAAUAAAUGUUGUGUGUGUAUCUGAGUGGAGACUAUAAAACUGGACUACCACAUAUGUAUUAUGUAAAAGUGACUGUUUCAAAUGUAGAAGAACUUAUUGUGUUUACAGCUGGUUAGUAGAUUAAACACGAAUACUUUGUGUUAUCAUUUUUAUUAAUAAAUGACAUUACAUGGCUUAAAUUCCAAUAUAACAAAAUCUUCUACUGCAUAGUUCUGUAAUAUGGUGCAAUGACACCUCUGUCCUCCAUCCCUGGGUCACUUAAUUUUCACUUGUACAAAUGCAUGUACUUUUCUUAUGAUAGCAGCCCCCUACAGACACAUAAGUAAACACAAUAAUAAAAAAACAAAAUGCAGCUUAAAAAUAUAUGAUGGUUACAAUGUACAUAGACUGAUGUAUAAUGUAUUUGUUUUUUUUCUAGCUGUAAAAUAAUGAUUAACAUGAUUAAAGCUAGUUGUAAAUGAAGGAUUGUUAUUUCCUGAUUGCUCAAGUACUACAACAGGAAUGUUAUUUGUCGGUUUUAACUCAGUCAGAAUUUUAACAUAUUAAAUGAUAAGAUUUAGUCUCCAUCAACCUUUCUGAACCUUAAAGGAACUGGUAAACAUUUUGGGAAUAAAUUAUUUACUAUCUUGCUGAGUAGGAGAUGAAAAGAUUAAUACUAAUUUUUUGACUUUCUACACUAAAGAGGACCAAGGUUUAAAAAAAAAAGGGAAAAAAAAGACCAUGACCAUGUAAAGAGAGUUUCCUGAGCAGUUUUCUCGUCCCAUCGUCUUCUACGCAACCACGCUGCACAGAUUCACCCCCUGCUGGUCGUUAGAAAGAAUGCAGCUCAGAAGUUGUGACCAUCUUUUAUGCACAGUCUUAGCAUAAGAACUGAAAAUGUGAAAACACUGGCUUCAAACCGCUGUCACCUCUGAAGUUAGAGUCUCCCCUUUUUGUUCGCACCCAGGCAAAAAUGCUCAUGUACAGCUCAGUGACUGUUUCACUAAAGCUAAGCUGACCAAAAGUUCACUUAAAUCAAUCUUGCCAUUUUUUAGCAAAAAAAACCAACAACAAACAAACAAACCAACCCAAAGCAAUUAUAAGCAUUUCUCAAAAUGUCACACUAUUCCUUUAAAGUACUUAUGUCUGAA